CGCUACAACGUCAUUUCCCUUGAUCCAGUGUUAACGGUUAAACUUGAGAGGUGUAGCUUAGCUAAGUGUUGAACCUCGGCUCUGACGGCUGUAACUGUGAAAAUAUACAUCCAUACAGUGUACAGUUAUUGGUUUUCCGUCUGAGCAGCAGUGACCGGGGUUAAUUUACGGAGGUGGACGUGACGCUAAAUUUAAAGUAAUAGACAGCCGGAGGGGGGUUGCCCUCAGUACAGCUCUAAGCUAGCAGGCUAACACGCGGCCAAGGAAAGCUUUGCGAAUUUGUUCCUCCAGCCGUCAUUUGACCACGAAACUCCGUGAGACCGAGCCCCUCCGCCGGUGUCAGUGAGCGCUGCCCACCGUCCCAUGCCCUCUGCGUGGAUGGGAUAUAGUUAGCCGGUGGAGCGAAGAGGCAGCCAGCCAGCAAGCAGUCCCGUUCAACAUGGAGGAUGAGGAGGUUGCAGAGAGCUGGGAGGAGGCAGCGGACAGCGGGGAAAUCGAGAGAAGACUUGAGGCGAAGCUGAAAAUAAAUCAGGAAGCAAAGAAGACCAGUUUGAAAUCUGGCGGUUCACCUGUGCGAACGGCUAUUGUAAUCCAGGAUGACUCUCUGCCUGCGGCGCCCCCACCACAGAUUCGAAUUUUAAAGCGUCCCACUAAUAACGGUACCACAGGAAACCCCGCGUCCUCGUCUCGUCCCUCUCAGCAGAUGAAGUCUUUGGCCCAGCGUGAGGCAGAGUAUGCAGAAGCCCGAAGAAGGAUCUUGGGUAGUGCUUCUUCAGAAGAAACGCCUCAGGACAAUCCAUGCCAGGACAGGACAGCUCGUAUGAGUGCGCAGCAACCAUUAGAACCAGUUCGUCCAAACAAUCACGCGAUCCGCCAGCCCACUGGCCCAGAUGGCACCUCAGGCUUCCGACUCUGCAGAUAAACAGAAGCUGCCUGCAGCAAGGAAUCGACUGCCUCGCUGAGAGGACAUGAAAGGUGACGGUUAAAGGGGUUGUUUGUAGUAUGAAGAGCAGAGUGGUGGGAUGACAGACAUUAGAAAAUUUGACAGACGUUAGAAAUAUGAAGAUGUAGCAUGGAUUUAGAUGAACUUCUCCACCCUCUCUCUACUCUGCUUACUGGUGUGGUCUUUGCCUCUUGCCUUGUCUUUUCCCUCUGUGGAACCUUGCAAGGGGCUGGCAGAGAUCAGCCAAAGAUCUGAAACCCCUUCUGUUCCACACCGUGAACAGGCGUUUGCCUCACAUCCCUACACACUGUGAUACUCCGACGUACCAUGAGGUGCCCUAUGAUUUUAAGUCUGAUUGGCCGGCCGAGUGCCAGGGCAUCAGGUGUCUGUCUCCUCAGGGAGAUAAAGGAGAGCUUGUGAAUCUGUGGGAAUCCCCCAGAGACGUGCAAGCGAACGAGCUGGCCUUUCCACAGAUGGAGCGUGGAUCAUGGCUGGGUGUCCACCGGGAGGCUGGCCUUAGUUUGUUGGGUUCAGUGGAAAUUAUGUGCUGGACAGUGCUGGGAGUUUAUUGUGUGUUCAACAGAUUUACGGGCACUGAUACAAAGUUGUACUGAUUGAGCCUUCUGAGUUAAAGUGCACUGUGCCCAAUAAUGUGUUUUAAUACUAUAGUUGACAGCAGAGGCAGUCGUGGCCCAGAACUCUCUACAGUCCACAGGCCUCUGUUUGGUGCUGGUGGCUGGAAGAGAAAUGCCCGGUGGGCACGCAGCCCGUGGCCAAAGAUGACAUAGUAGAUGCGAAGGACAGUGUCACUAAAUCUAAGCUUUUUUGAGCAAUAAUAAAGAAAUGACUCCCUGGAUUUUUUUUUUUUUUUUAAACAUAUUGCUGUGUUUUGUUUUACACCGUGUUGUUUCUUUUUCUGAAGCAUAGUCUGUUUAGGUCAGGACAUCAGUAGUGUGGAAGAGACUAGAUUCUGUAGCCUGCAUCGGAAACUUUAUUGGUCGUGUCAUUGAAUUUUAUCAAAUUUGCAAACGUCAUAAUUUAAAAGUCUAAAGUUGUCGUGCAGAAAUUUCCCUGUGUGUGUUGCCUUGCUGUUUCCUAUCAGAGUAACUACGUUGGAACUUCUCUUACAGCCAGCUGCACUGCAUCUGCUUGGAAAAUCUAAUUUGGGUGUGUUUUUACACCAGUUGCAGUUUGUCGGCCAACUGCGUGCUAUUAAAAUGAUGGUUUGUAAGUUAUAACUAUUUCAUGUCCAGCGCGGUGGAGGGUAUAAUCUGUUAUUUCAUGUUGGCAAAUCUUCUGCCAGGGUCAGGGAAAUUUGUGAUGAAAACUAUUAAAAAAAAAAAAAAAAAAAAAAAGAUACAAAAAUACUGGAAAACCUUUUAAUCAGUGGCCUCUAGAAUGAAGCCAAACUCCACUGCCUGGUUUUGAUGAAUGUCUACUUGUGGAUUUUUUCAGUAUCGUCUGCUUGUCUGCCACCAGUUGAAAAGAAGAGCUCGCAAACCAUAGAAUCAACAAUAUAGUCAAACGCCAGAGUUACCAGUAUUGAUCAUUGAUAUCGCAACAAAUGAACCUGCAGAAGGGUUUGAACCUUUUGACACUUUUAUGCCUUAAAUGAUAAAUGAUCCCUGGUUACCAACGUUCACCUUCCACUCGGCAGUGCUGGUUAAUCUUAGUGCUUUUUGUGUGAUGGGUUUGUUAUUUCACCGACUAAGUCCGGCAUUAAGGCACAGUUUAUGGCUGCACUUGGCGAGAAUUUAGGCAAAUCAAACACCACAUUAAGUGAGGAUGCCUUGAUGCUUUUGUUACUGAAUGGCCCCAUGACUGUGCUUUAAUUAUGAAUACAUGUUUUCAGCUUCAGUAAUAUUUACAAUGAGUGUGAAGAACUGAAACCAUGAUUAACAGUAAAAUGCAGUAAACCUGUCGAACAGCUAAAAGUGUUGCAUUGAUGCUACCUGUUUCAACCCCAGUAGCUGCUUUAAGGAUAUAUAUUCAGGAUCAUCUCAGUAUUUUUGUUUUAUGAGAUCAUGUUUGUUGUUAUGAGUGACAUGCAAGUUUGCCUGCUAGAUUUGGACCUACGCCACUAACAAUACAGACCCAUGAUGCACUGUUCCCAGGGAUCAGGUUCACUUAUUGAAACAAAAUGGAUUUGUAGUAAGUUCUAAUUGAUAAUCGAUGAAGCAAACACCCAUCCUGUACCUGUGUGAUCUACCCAUGAUGCUUUGUUGCAGCCUUUCACAGCCACCUGUCUAGUUUGAGGCUCAUUUGAUGUCAUUGUUGUUUUGAAACUUGAAAAACACAAAUUAAAUUUGAAUACCCUUUAAUAAACGCACUUAAAGAAGA